AUGGCCCUUUCCUUUAUCAAGCUGGUCGGCCUCGUGCUCGCAGCGUCAUGCACCGCCGCUGCUGAUGGUUCUCUUCAAGAAAGACAGCUUCACAGCUUGCCCGACCAAGGCUCAAGCUCGUCGUCCAUUGCCACCACCACAUCGUCAUCCUCCUCCACCAUCACCCGCGGCCCCUCCACCAUGAAGAAACAGGCCGGGCCCCUCCGCUGGGAGCUGACGACCGUGUUCACGCAGCCCGACGAGUGUGAGGGCGGCAUCACGCAGUACGCCGGCGACCUGUCGACGCUGGGCUACUGGCUCAACAUCCCGCACCCGGCGCCCGGCCUCACGCUGACGUCGUGCUUCCCGCCGGCCCUAGUUGCCAGCGCUACGGCUUCUGUCGACCAGCCGCCGUACAGCCAGCUCGUCUGCCCGUACCGCUGGCAGGCGGUUGACUUUAAUUCGACGUACCGCGUCUGCUGCCCGCACGACUACCGCAUCUACGCACCUGCCAUGGUCGGAGCCUCUACGCUGCCCGACCGCCCCGGGCUCGGCGCCUGGUGCACGUCGUGGGUUCAGGCCGGCAAGUUUGCUUUGCUGACCGUCUACGAUAAUGCUGGAGGGUCGUCGGUCGUCGAGACGACGCUGGGCGACGGCGAGAACUGGCUUGUCCAGGCCACGGCCUUUGACGGCACCAUUGCCACAAAUGUGCCUACGAGCACGACCACGAGCUCAACCUCCACGCCAAAGUCUACCGAUGUGACAACUAGGCCGACGAAAACGACAACGACGAGGGCUGCUACUACUACUACUACGACCACUCCAGCUACCACCUCGAGCGCCGGGUACUCUGGCCCGACGGCGCUUGGCGCCAUGCCUUCGUGCGGUCAAACUUGCAUCGGCAAUAUGCUUAACAAGUACAAGGAGCUGGGCUGCGGCCCCUUGGACAUAGCCUGCGCAUGCCGCGCUCCCAACUUCAACUAUGGUGUCCGCGACUGCGCUACGGCCGCAUGUACGGCAGACGAGGCCAGGACCGUCAUUUCUUUUGAGACGUCGUACUGGUGCCCGUCAUAUAUGGCUACUGGCACGAACUCGCCCAAGCCCACGCCCACGCCCACGGCCAUUUCCCAGCUUCCCACCUGCGGUCAAACAUGCAUGAACAACAUGAUCGGCCAGUACACCGAACUCGGCUGCCACUAUCAGGACCCAGCCUGCUUGUGCAAGAAUGCCAACUUUGGCUAUGGCGUAAGAGACUGCGCUAACGGUGCCUGUGGCUCAAAUGUCGCCAGCACCGUCAUCGCGUUUGAGAGCGCCUACUGCUCCAGCGCCGCGGCCACGCCUACGCCGGUUGCCUUCCACGUCGACUCGCGAUACCAUAACGACUGCACCGGUGACACGUCUAACAGCAACGAUGUCAUGAUGUACCAAGAAGGCCUGUGCAUUAACACCAACUGCCAGGUCGCGUCGCUUAACCUCGCCGCCGUGGGCAACUGCCCCGACGGCGAGAUCCAGAUUAGCUACUGGGAGCAGCCCGACUGCCAGGGCAAGUGGUUCGGCUACGGCUACGCCAAGCGGGGAACGUGCCGACCGCUGUGGACAGAUGGCUGGAAGUUCAAGGCGCUGCAUCUACGCUGUGCCAAGCAGGCGGGUGACUGCGUGUCUACGGGCGAAUGUACGGCAGACCCUGAGCCGUCUCAAAACGUAUGUUAG